CGCGCGCUCCGGACUGCAGAGGUUUGAGCGCACGCGGUAACACUUCUACCAGUUUGAUUCCUCGGUGUGUAUCGCGCUGCUCGAGUCCACUACAAAACCCUUCAGAGACCCAGGACUUAUUUCGUUAAGUUGACUUUUUGUUGUUGUUGUUUUUUUGCUCAGGAGGAGCAGCACUGAUUCCUUUUUUUCCAGAAUGCGCGCGACAGCCUUUUCUGCAUGCGUCCUCAUCAUAUCCCUACUGGAACAAGUGAGUGGAAACAAAGCCAUAGUGGGCAAAUAUGGUGAAACCGUUGAGGUGCCUUGCGACAAAGGAAACAUCAAAAUAGAGGACAUCGUAAUUGUUAAAUGGAAAUAUACCAAAGAUGGCUCCAACGUCGAUCUUCUGACAAAAUCACAGACUCAGAAUGCCUCGUCCUCCCAAAUUGCGGAGUACAAGGGCAGACUCGUCCUCACACAGGACCUCAGCCUGCAAAUUUCCCAGGCCAAAAUGACCGAUCAGAGGACAUUCACCUGUAUGGUGGUGGCAGGCGCGGACAUAUUGGAGUUUCCAGUCGACGUGUCAAUCGAGAAGGCCCCGUCUCCACCCGUAAUCACAAAUCAAGCCAAAGUGAUAGAGCUCAACAAGCUAACAAUGCUGGCAGAAUGUGCUAGUAAAGAUGCUAAUCCAGCUGCUGACGUCACCUGGCUGAAGGACAACGUUCCACUCGUGGUCGAUGGGAAAGUGGUCAUCACACCGAAUGUGCAGAAAGACAAAGACACCGGUCUCACGACUACAUCCUCCAAGCUGGAGUACGCAGCUUCCAAGGCAGAUAUGAAUUCCAAGUUCACUUGUGCCGUCAAGCAUAAGAGCCUUGCCUCGGACCUCGUGUCUGCUCCUAUGACCUUCGUCGUCAACUACCCUAGUGAAACGGUCGACCUCCAGGUCGUGUCUGCACUCCCGAUAAAGGAGGGAGACAGCGUGACCCUGAAAUGUGUGGCUGAUGGGAACCCCCCACCGACCAGCUACAAUUUUUAUAUCAAGGGGAAGAAGGUGACCAUUGAGAACUCGGACAGUUACACAUUCCCCAACGUCACCCGGGCAGACAGCGGAGAAUAUAAGUGCUCCCUGGUGGACGACGAAGCAAAAGCAGACUCGGCCAGUUUUUCAGUAAUGUACCUGGACAUCACCAACGCCACCAAAGGAAAGAUUGCAAAACGUUUAGCCGAGAGCUUCGAGCCAACGUUAGACGUGAACGCCCCUGAACCUGCGCAAGUCUCAUGGACAAAGAACAACAUGAAGCUGAGCAGUAAACCCAGGUUUGACAAGCUGAAGUACUCAGACUCUGGAGUGUACGAGUGUGUGGUCACCAUGAAUGAAAUUGUCAAAAAAGCAUCAUUUGAGCUGAGUGUCCAAGGUGCUCCGAUUAUCACUACGCUGACUAAGAAAGCCAGUAAUGGAGGCAAGCUUCUGAGCUGCAAGGCCGAAGGUUCACCCAAACCCAUUGUGCAGUGGAGCAUCAACGGCAGUAAUGCUUCUGAGAGUUCCUUUGUGAACGGAUUAAUCACGUACAACCUCACAGUGAUUCCAACAGGAAAUCUCACAAUCAACUGCACAGUUUCUAAUGAGCUGGGCACCUACACGAAGAGCAUAGACAUAUCCACAUUGAUGGAUGAUUCAUCUGUGGAGAAAAGGGAGCAACCAGAAGACUCUAAAGGUCAGACACAGGUAGCAGUAGGGGUCGUCAUAGGCCUGAUCGUGGCUGCUGUGGCUCUGGGUCUGGCCUACUGGGUGUACAUGAAGAGAACCAGGGAAGGCAGCUGGAAAACAGGAGAGAAAGAAAACGGCACAGUGGAGGAAAGCAAGAAACUGGAGGAAACUCAGAGUCAAAAGGCUGAGGUUUAAAACCAAAGGAUACUGUCAGAGUAAGAAGGAGAAGAUGCAGUAUUGUAGUAGACUGUAUGGCAAACUACGGAAACUUUUGGGAAGCUGACAUCUUAUUUGGUUGAUAAACCAUUAAUCUGAUCCAGUGUGUAUAAUGUAUAUCACCAUCCUCCUUACAAGUGGGAGAUUUGAUAAAUGAUGCGUGUUGUAUAAUUGUGAAUCUCCUGCACUGAGGAUUAACUGUGGAAUAAACUUGUUCGAAAGACUAAAUGUUUAAUUAGUUUGCUGUUUAAUUAUUUUGUGCAUUUGACAGAAUAGUUGGCUUUUGUUGUUGUUGUUGUUGUUUAUUGUUUAUUAAACAGAUUUAAUUAGUUAACGUCAAUUUACCUCAACACUAGUCUGUGAACUGUGACUCUUUUUGUGUUUUUGGAAUAAUGAGGCAUGUUCCGCCGUCCAUUUUUGUCGAGAUCUCUUUUCCACCUGUACCUGAGCUGUGACUACAGUAAUAGUUUUUCCUUUCGCGGUUCAUUCAGCACUUGGUUAUUUACAUCAAGAUGUGAUUAUUCUGAAAUAAUAAACCAGUUUGGAAGUUAAAAUAAGCUCUUGCAUGUCCAUUCCCAGCGUCCAGAUUUUCUUUGGCAUGAGAUUCGAAAGCUCCACUGAACACGUUACAAUAUGCUGAAUGCUGCAUUUAAUACUGAAAUUUCUAUAGUCCAGCAAAAUUAAUUAAUCUUAAUCCUAAAUGUAAAUGUGGAAUGCUCCAUGUUUUGGUCUGUUGGUCAUAAAAAGUUUGCCAUUGACUGCUAAUACUAGGCUGACCAUAUCUACAUUACUGAUGUGUUACCUGUAAUAGGUUUGAUUAAUUUAUAGACAAUAAUGUUUUAUUUGAAUUCAGUUUUUUAUUUUAUUUUAUAGAUCCUCUGAUUUAGAUGAACAUACAUAUUUUAUUAAUUUUAUUUGUGUGAUGGGAUUUCACUGACCAGUGUACAAGAGUGUGUUUGCCUUGUUGUAUAAAUUUCACAACUGUGUGAAGAAAGUACUGCGGAAUGCUUUCUAAUAGUACUAGUGAUUCACUUGUAGUAUUUAGGGCUUAUAUCAAGGUGCAGAUGUGAGACUUCAUAUAUCUAAUCUGAUGUAUGAGCACAGAAUGGUAAUACCUAGGUAGUCGGUAGGAAUACGACAGGUUUGCUAAUCUCUGGAAACUCUUUUAUUGCAGUACUGGGAGUUGAAUUACAGCCUCUGUGUUUUCAGUGUGUUCUUUCACGAUUUGUUUAAAAACAAACUACUAUCGAUGUAUUCGAUUCAUACUAGUUCUUUCUUGUUAUGUGUUUGAUUCAUAUUUGUAAUGGUCAGCAGAUGAUUUUUUGUCUGUUACUAGCUAGUUUGCUAUUCUGCUAUGUAUAUUGUAUAUGCUUUGUAUGCUCUGCUACUUUUUACCCCUUUUUUUUCCAUUUACGUCAUGGUUAAGACCAAAGAGGGUAAUCGUUUAAGUAUUGUACAUACUUUUUUUUUUUUUUCUUCAUUUUUUGGGCUUUUGCUUAAAUAAAGU